CAAGUGAUCUGCGCACACACAAUCGUCUUUCGCAUGCAGUGAAGGAAAGAAUCUUCCCGCCGCAUGGACCCAACGUAAGGUUGGUCCAUGACAUCGAUGGCCAAUUGAGAUAUAAGCCUCGAACCUGAUUUGAUUUGUAUCAAUUCACAAGUAUCUUACCUUGAUUUUGAUUGGCAUCUAGUUUUGAUUCCUUGUCCAUAGAUGUAGUUUGAUUGAAUUUUAGAUCUCUGGGCAUUGUAUAUCGUUUUAUAUGUGAUUUGGCCUCUUGUCACGAUCUGCAUGAAACACGAAGCUUAUCCACCGCCUCAUUCGGAAUUAAUCAUCAAUUAGCUUUUAUUUUGAUGCCUCACGUCGUCGACGGUGAUGAGCAGCACUCAAUUCUGAAGAAGUGCAGAAGGACAUUCGGUGGCCAGACGCCGGUGCGGACGUUUGAAAUUCCAGCAGACAUCCAACGCUAACUUAGGCUUCUUUGGUCAGUCCCUGCGAGGUGCGUGUGGAUCACGUCGCCAUCAAGAAACGGUGUGUGAAAGGUGUUCCCUGCACAGAGCGCGCGAAAUUUUGAUAUAAGAUAUUCCACACAAACUUGUUCGGGUGAGAACUUCUUAUCCACUUGGAGAAGCAUUGGAGAUUGAGGUUUCAUUUGAUGGGGCCGGAUUUUGCUGUAGAGCUCAGACAAAUGUCUGCGAGUUGAAGACUCCAUCCCGACUUGUCACGCACGCUUAAAAUAUCGACCCUGUUGAGACCUCCACUGCAGAUUCUUGCCUGCGGAAAAAGUCGGACCUCGCGAGGUCCGACUUCUAUCCGUGGAUAUUUUUUUUUUCCUGCCCGUUAGGGCAUUUCACGAGCUCGCAACGGAUAGCUUCCGCCUUCCCCCUCCGCAGCAGACACCGUCUCCAGCAGAAGCGCGCCUCCUCCUUCAUCAGCAGCAGCAGCGGAAGCCACCGGCGGUCUACAGUUUCUCUCUCAUGCUGUCGACCGAUAGAGGGAAACUAUGUUGCGGGCGGCUGGCGACCGGUGACUGGGGGAUGGCAAAAUGAACGGCAGUGUCUUCUUACCCUAAGCGGAGAAAACCCAAACUGUUCGCAAUUAUCAUGUUCGAGAACUUAGUACAUCAGCUGCUCUCGGGCUAUCUUGGCCGAUAUGUGAAAGGUCUGCAGAGGGAGCAAUUCAAGAUUGCAUUGUGGAAAGGGGAGGUGGUCCUAGAGAAUGUUGAGCUUAUACUUGAGGCAUUUGACUAUCUUCAGUUGCCCUUUGCAAUAAAAAAUGGGAGGAUUGGAAGGAUGUGCAUCAAAAUUCCGUGGACAAAGCUUGGAUGGGACCCUAUCAUAAUUAGUCUUGAUGAUGUUUUCAUAUGUACAGCUCAGCGAGAUGAUUCAGAAUGGAGUCCUGAAUCAGUGGAAAGCCGUGAAUUUGCUGGAAAGAAAGCCAAGCUUGCUGCUGCAGAGCUUGCAAAAUUAACAAGGCGUGUCUGUGACAACCAAUCAGGGCAGUCCUUUAUAUCUUACAUGUCUGCCAAGAUACUUGACAAUGUUCAGGUGUCCGUUCAGCGGCUCCAUGUUACUUUUGUUGAUGCAAGUACUGAUUCUGAUGGACAGUUCGUUUUUGGUUUUCGACUUUCCAGUCUCACUGUGAUGACAGACACCAGACCAAAGGGGACCACCGUUGGGUCCAGGAAGAUCAGAGGCGGUCAAGUUUGCAAGAGACUGGAUAUUUCAGAGUUUGGAAUUUAUUGGAACCCUUGGGCAGAUUUCUCAAGCUCAUCAAUUGCAGAUUUUCAUGGUGCACAGUCACAUUGUAGCAGAGUGCCUGAAAUUGAAGAAUAUAAAUACAUAAUAAAGCCAUUUGAUGCGACAAUCUCCUUGAUGGUUAAUAAAUCCGGCAAGUUUGAGAAGGGCAUUCCACAUUACUGUGUCAUGUCAGAGCUGAAUUUCUUGGUUAUCUCUUUGAAUGAAAUCCAGCUGCAGCAAGUCUUGAUGCUUUUAGAUUCCUUCGCAAUAGGUGGAUUACGCCAGAAGUAUGGUCGAUACAGGCCAUGGCACAAUCCCUUACUGAAAAAGCUGAGCGGUUGGCAAAUAACAUGGUGGCACUACGCACAAAAUGCCGUUCUCUCUGAUGUCCGUAAAAAAUUAAGGAAGAAUUCUUGGCACACUUUUGGUCAGAGAAUCAAUCUGCGGCGAAAAUAUGUUGACUUGUACAAGAAGAAGCUUCUGUCACUUAAGGAUGAACAGCCUGUUAGCAAAGGGGUUCUUAACGAACUAGAUCUGAUGGAGAAAGAAUGUGAUCUUGAGGACAUUUUGAGCUACCGAUUUAUUGCUGAGACACAAUUGCAGGUGCUUUUAUCAGAAUCAAACAUUUCUAAAGCAGACAUUGAUGGCACUGAUUCUUCAUCGGAAAGGCAGCAAAUUGAUGACCUCUCAACGAAUAGGCCACGUGGUUGGCUUAAUUGGCUGUCUUUGGGAAUGUUAGGUGCUGGAGGUACAAUUGAUUCAGAUCAAUUUGCUGGUGUUGUUUCUGACGAAAUUAUAGAGGAUAUCUAUAAAAUGACAAAAUUCAACCCAAUCUCCACAACGGAUGUACCAAUAUCCUUCUUAGAGAAGUUCCAUUUAUCCUCGAUCUCUUUCAGCAUCCACCAAGUUGUUGCCAUGCUUGUAAACAAGAGAUGCAAGAAGGACAUAGUUACAUUGAUGGCACAUAGCAUCAGUUUCCAAUGUGACAUUUGGGAUGACUCUGCUAAAAUCGUUUCUUCAAUUAGCUCAUUACAGAUGCUUGAUCCAUGUAGCAAGAAGGCAUGGUUGUUUGAUAAGAAUGAAAAGAUUUUACACGAUGAUGGUUUUGCUGGCAAUCAACAGCCUUUUAUAAAUGCCGAUAUUGAAAUUUCUUCACUUCAUAAUGACCUUGAGUUGUCAAUAAAGGUGGUGCUUCUGCCUGUUGAAGUUGUUUGCGAUCCUGAACUUGUGGCAGGCCUUCUGUAUUUCAGUCAAGUACUUGGAUGUUUUGAAUCUCAUUAUGACAUGGUCCUCUCGUCACUGAAUUAUUUUGAAAACAUUAAAACCCGACUGUCCAAGAAAGCUGAGUUCAUUCUUAUGAAUCGCGCAAAAUUGACACUGGAUGUCAGUCUAAGUAAUGCAGUUGUAAGAAUUCCACUGAAAGGAAAUGGGAGCACCUCACAUGAAAUGGUUUUUGUCCUGGGGGAACUUCUUCUUGGGUUUCAUCCUGAUAGACAUGGUGAAUGUGCAUCAGUCUUUGAAAGUUUACCAGAUUUUACAGACUCAAGCAUUAUAAAUUUAUCAGGCUAUAUGUCUGGAGCCAUUGAGAUGUUAUAUGAUGCGUACUGUAUCAAAUUGGUGAAGUGUGAGGGACUUGUGGCCGCAGAUUCUUCUCAAUUAAUUCCUGUAUUUGACAUUUUGGAUGCUUCAAUUGUACUCAAAUCAAGUAUUAUUCAGGAUGAGUGUCUGUUAAAGCAGCUAGAGGUUGAUUUUCAUGCCAACUCUAUGGGUUUCAGAAUGUCAGCCUCAUUGUAUAGAAUGCUUUUCGACUUGCAAAACUGGCUUGUGAUUACUCGAGAAGUUUAUGAGCAGGCAACAAAAGAAAGGUCUGAAUUUGUUACCAUAUCCGCAAAUAGGUCAAAGUUUGAUACUGCACCAGACAGGUAUAUUUUCAAUGGUGACAUCUCUGCUGCUGUAAAAUGCAUUACUGUUCAUGUUGAUCUGGAGGAUGGUGAUCCAGAGAAAAGUAUAAAGCUGGCUGUUACAUUAGGGCAGCUGGACCUCUCUUAUGUCUGUGAAAUGCUUAUUCAGAAGUUUGCGUUCUCUACCAAGGAGAUGGAUGUCAAAGCUUUUAAUUCAGGAGGCCAAUCUCUUGGUUCUUUAAUUUUCUUAAACAGAGAAAGUUUCAGACCUCAUUCUGAUAUAAAAGGUGUGGAUUAUGAUCCUAAUGUGCAAAGCGAAAAGCUGAAAAACGUUUUCGUAGAUGGAAGUUUCACUUUCCAGUGGCGGAGACAAAGGAGUGCUGAUUCUAUUUUCGAUGAAGUUAUGAUAUUCAUAACCAAUGCUGAUAUUCAUUGUUAUCCUAGAAUAUGUGGAUUAUUGCUGAAUCUUUUUGAAGGAUUUGAUGAGCAAGAUGGACAGUUAACAGCUUAUUCUACUGGGACUCUACAUUCUUCAAAAAUGGGUUUGCCAAAAUCAAACUUAAGAUGUGGAGUUGGACCUCAGAGGUUUGGGUUUUCUAAUUUCUCUAUGAAUGGCGUCCAUGGAACUGAAUCUAUUCCUCUGGAUCAGUUUCCAUUUCUCUCUGUCUGCAGUUUGGGCCUGGUUGACACCGUAGAGAGCUCGCUUCCUUUUCGGGUUGAUGAUUGGAGGAAGACCUUUAGUUUAAAGGACUGCAAGUCUAGUUCUGUUAGUCAUGAUAAGUUUGUUUAUGCAAAGAAUUUCUUAGUGACUUCAUUAAGAAAGAAAUCAAGUCACAAAUUUGGAGCUACGAGUGCUGUUGGUAGCCCACAGGAUACUGAUCAACUUGUUUUGGACGUUGACCUAAGUGGUAUUAAGGUGCACUUCCAUGAUUCUUCUUGCAUCUUAGCAACUGUAACAAUGCCUGCACUAAGAAGCCUGAGUUCAUUUCAUGGGGCUGAUAAUUGGGAUAUAUUGUUGUCAACAGAGGGAUUGAGUAUCUCCUCUUCGUGGUGUAGUCCAAAUUUCCAUGGAAACCUUUUUGGUCCUGCGCUACCAACACAUCCUCCUGUAGUAAAUGUUCGUGUGCAGAAAAAUCAGACCUUUGUGUUUUCUAAAAUUGAGCUGGGCUUUAGCAUUCAGCAUACUUGCUGCAUUUUGCCUGCAGAACUCCUUGCUGCGUUCAUUGGUUAUUUUUCUCUUCCUGAGUGGACAUUGACAAGCAAGGAACAAUUUUUUAGCCCUAGAAAGAAUACUGGAAGUAAACACUGCGAGUUCUCUUUCAAGUUCGAAGUACUUGACUCUGCAUUGGUAUUGCCUUCAGAAAAUGAUAUUCAUUACCCUUUGAAAAUGGGUAUUCAACAGCUACAUUGCUGCGUUGUACCUGAGUUGGUCUCUGCUGAUGCACUAAAUGGCCGUCCAAGUUCAUCUGUGAUGUCAACAUCUGGUAUUAGGGACAUGACCCAGGUUGUCAACUUAUUUGGCCAAGGAUUGUCUUUGUCACUUAUAUUACUAAAAGAUGACUUGCAGAUGGAGAAAGGAUAUGCUAGUCUGGAUUAUGUUGUUCUCGUUGAAACUUGCAACAUAGAUUUGCAGAUUAAAAUUCCAUCUGGAGCAAGUUCUGGACAUUCUCUUGUUCCUGCUGUUACAGCAUGCAUUGAUAGCGUAGAAGUUGUUGCAGCAGGUCGUUAUUUUUUAGGUGGACUAGAAGCAGUAAGUAAUGCCAUUGAUGAAUUGUCAUCUGUUAGCAUGCAGUCUCAGUGUUUCACAUCUGACAUCCUGCAAUUUAGGCUGCUAAAGAGGAAUUUAGUCAAAUCCCUUUCUUUCAUACCAGAAGUUCCAAUGGAUCUUUGUAUGGAUACUAAAGUUUCUAUUAAGGCUUUGUCUGUGAAGUUGUUGGAUUUUGAAGGCCUACUCUCAUCACAGAAAGCGAUUGCGAAAGCAAACAUGGGAAUUAAUUUUUCAGCAUCUUUCCAACAUGAAACUCUAAUAUGCUUGGAUAUUGAGAUCUCUGAUUUUAUUUUACAUUCUACAAGUGAUUCUGUUGUCUUGGCAGCAUUCAAAAGGGAUUUUUCACCUUCCAGCCUUGAUAUUAGAAUUUCAUUAUCUGAAGAACAUAAACAUGAAAUAUCUUUGGAAAUCUCUUCUUUGCAUGUCUGGCUUUAUUUAGUGGAAUGGAUGGAAAUUUUUGACUUGCUUUAUUCCUAUGCUCAAGAUACAGCCAGAACUACGUCUAUGACCAGCUUUCAUAGCUCUGAUCCAUCAGAACAAUCUGCAUCUCUGGGAUUAAAUUCUUCUGAUCUGAGCCUGGUUACAAGCUUCGCAAGGUCAACUGAGGACAUUUCAGAACCUUCACACUAUCUUAGUCUCCAGUCAAAAUGCAUUUGUAUUUAUUUCCAUUUUCCAAUCAAACUGAAUGUGGAAGCUGAUCCUCUGGAUGAAGAUCCUAAUAUCCAGAAAGGGUCAUUUUCGGAGAAAUGCUUUGUAUCUGAAAAUAAUGGAACCCUCUUCGCAUCUUUAAAUUCAAAUCUCUGUAAAUAUAUUGUACUUAGUUUAGAGAGUAGGGAUACAAAAUUAGAUAUAACUGGGAAAGUUGUGAGAUUGGAUUCAUGUAUUGAAAAGGUUGAGGGAAGGCUAGAGAAAGUUGAUGGCAGUUCUGUUCAUUCCAUUCCAUUCUUUCUGCUUUUGCAAAUCAAGAUACUCAUGGAGGCAUGCAUGAAGGAGGGCACAAUUCAUGCGUCAAUUAAUGCUCAUUUGGGGACCUUAGAUAUGUGGUUCUCGUACUAUACCUUUCAUUUCUGCAAUGGUGCCUUUCAGAGGGUACCAGAAGUAAAAUCCUCUCAAGCUCUUGCCGUAAUCAUGAUUGUGAACGCUUCUUUGAAAAAGUCAACUUUGCUGCUAAGUGAUGGAAGGUGGAGUUGCAGUGGACCUGUCAUGGAGAUCCUCACAAGAAAUUUAUUUGUAAGGGCAAACCACGACCAUGAGAUAUUGAAAGCUUCAGUUGAAGGUGACCUUCUUGUUAACUACAAUAACAUCCAUAAGGUUGCAUGGGAGCCUUUUGUAGAGCCUUGGAGUUUUAACCUUAUGCUAGUGAGGAAGCUAGAGAAAGAUGGGCUUGUGCAAACCUUGUCUGGGACUGAAGUCCAUUUAACAUCAACUGCGCAUCUUAACAUAAAUGUUACAGAGUCUCUUUUCGAGGUUGUCUAUAGGGGAAUGCAGAUGAUCAAUGAUGCAUGGAGUCGACAUGGAGUUGAUGAUACAGAACUGAAAAUGAAAAAAGAACUUUUGAAUACUGAUGGCUCAUGUGAGAGAAGAUAUGCCCCCUAUAUUAUCCAGAAUGAUACAUGUCUGCCACUUUUAUUCUGGAUAUUUGAAGAUAAUAAAAAGUCAUCUUUUGAAGCAAAUGUGGAAAUUCUUGUUCAGCCAGGCAGUUCGGUCCCAAUUUACAUUGAAGAAUCUCCUGAAGAAAAUUUUUUCCACCACAGAAGCAGUUGCUCCUUUGACAGAUUUGAUGAGAAAAGAUCUCAUAGUGCACAGCACCAUAUGAUCUCCAUUCAAAUUGAAGGGACUUCUGGGGCCUCUGCGCCUAUGUCGAUGGACCUGGUUGGGCUUAGUUAUUUUGAAGUGGACUUUUCUAAAAGAUCAGAUUUAUUAGUUUUGGAUGGACGUUCAGAGGCAUGCAGAGACACUGCUAGAACUGAUAAGAGUGGAAAUGUUUCUGAAGUGGGGCUCACUGUCCCUGUAGCAUAUGAAGUUUCAAUUCAACAUUACAGUAAAUUGAUAAGGCUGUACUCCACUGUUAUUUUUCAUAAUGCAACCUCCAUGCCUUUAGAACUGCGCUUUGACAUUCCAUUUGGCAUAUCUCCGAAGAUAUUGGAUCCUAUUUUACCAGGGCAAGAGUUGCCACUUCCAGUUCAUCUUGCUGAAUCUGGUCGCAUGAGGUGGCGUCCACUUGGAUCUGAUUUCUUGUGGAGUGAAGCUCAAACCCUCUUAAACAUUCUAUCGCCAGAGAUUAGAACCGGAACCUUGAGAUCCUCUGUUUGCUAUCCUUCACUUCCUAGUAAGGAUCCUUUCAGAUGUUGUAUAGCUGUUCAUGAUAUACCCCUCAACCCACCAUGUUUCAGAAGGUUCAGCUCCACUGGGAAUUUAGUUCAGCCAUUUCAAAAUACAAGUAAGUUAAAGAAGAGAUUUAUUCGUCAGAUUAAGCUGAUCACACCACUAGUGGUGAAAAACUAUCUUCCAGUGGCGCUGAAAUGUACAAUAGUGAGUAGUGGAGUUCCUUCCAAAAUAUCCAUUCCAGAGGUGGACACUGUUUUUGUUUCUCAUAUUGAUUCUAGCCAUGACCUCGGGAUAACUUUCUAUUUGGAUGGGUUUCAACCUUCCUUUUUGUUGUUCCCUCGUGCGGAAACCGUUCUGUCUACAUCGAAGUCCAAUGAGGAAAGAUUUUCAUCAUAUGAAACUGUUAUAUUCUACCCAGAUGUGACUAAAGGUGGUCCACCCAUCUGUGUGGAUGUUGAGAAGGGAAUGAGUACUGUCUGUGGUGCUCGUGAGAUUUCUGUUUCUGUCCCUUAUCUGCUCUACAACUGUACAGGCUUGACACUUGUGAUUGCAGAUGCUGAUAAUAGACACAAGGAGAAUGCAUGCCUUAUUCCUUCAAGUUAUUCUUUGAUAUGGGGAAAGCAACUUUUAAAUGACAGGCGUGGUCUGGCCCAGGUAUCUUGUGAACAAGGAUCCUCUGCUUCUAUCGAUGUCAUUGAUUCUCAGGAUGUGUUUCCAAGUUAUAUGAUCCCCUACAGGGAGAGACCUUACUGCUCUGGGAUAUUUCACAAACAACUUCAGACAAGUUCUCCCUUGGUCCAAGGGCAAAAACAUAUUGACCAUCUUGAACCUGAUGUCAUAGAAAGAUCUUCUUUCUGCGGUUUUGCAAGAAAGCAAAGGGCUUCAAGCCAACUGGUAUUGCCCGAGGUCUCAAGAUCAUUUGUUAAUGUUGGAAUUGAUGCGAGGAGAAAAGUUAAGGCAUGCAUGUACUCGUCUGCACAAGGUCACUCUUCGACUGAAAAGGUUGUUUUGAGCAUUUGUAUGCCUGGAUCCACAAAUCUGGAUACUCUAAAGAGCAAGUGGUCAAAUCCUCUUUUUCUUGCCAGUGUGACUGGCUCAACCAGCAUAGUCAUCCCACAGCCAGAUGGUAGUGGAGCAUUUAUUGUGUCUGUUACAUCAAGUCCUAUUUCCGGAGCAUUUGCAGGGAGAAGCAGAAUGAUAACUUUUCAGCCUCGAUAUGUGAUCAGCAAUUCUUGCAACAAAGAUUUGUACUACAAACAGAAGGGAUGUGAUUCCUUCUACAUUUUGGGUGUUGGAAAGCAUUGCCAUCUUCAUUUGUCUGACGCAGCAAGGGAGCUCCUUGUCUCGAUCCGAUUUGAUGAACCAGGAUGGCAAUGGUCCGGUGGUUUUUUGCCUGAUCAGUUAGGAGACACUCUGGUAAAAAUGCACAAUUACAUAACUGGUGCUUUUACCAUGGUUAGGGUUGAAGUGCAGAAUGCUGAUGUAUCCAUCAAAGAUGAAGAGAUUGUAGGUAGUUCUACUGGAGGUUCAGGAACCUAUCUGAUUCUUCUAUCUGAUGACAAUACUGGGUUCAUGCCAUACAGAAUUGACAAUUUCUCUAUGGAUAGGCUGCGAAUUUACCAGCAAAACUGUGAGCGUUUUGAGAGCAUUGUGCAUCCCUAUACUUCUUGUUCAUAUGCGUGGGAUGAACCACAAUUUCCACACCGACUUCUUGUUGAGGUGCCUGGUGAAUGCUUCAUUGGUGCAUACAACAUCGACAUUGUAAAGGAGUACACACCAAUACACUUACCAACAGUUGAGAAUCCUGAAAGGACUUUUUUCCUCUCGGUCCAUGCUGAAGGAGCAGUCAAGGUGCUCAGUGUCAUGGAUCUAAAAUUUCAUUCUCUAGAAGACAUGAAAGAACCUGGACUUUAUGGCUCUAAACGCAGAAAGGGUCUGGAACAGAUGCCAGAGAAAAUUCUUUUCAAUGAGAAAAUCACAGUGUCAAUUCCUUUCAUAGGAAUUUCGUUGAUAGAUUCUACUCCACAGGAACUUAUUUUUGCAUCUGCAAGGGAACUAAAAAUAGAAAUGUUACAGACCUUGGAACAACAAAAGUUAUUUGUCCAGGUUUUAUCUUUGCAAAUUGAUAAUCAGCUACGAAGCACUGUCUGUCCCAUCAUCCUGUCGAUUGAUCAUGAAAGCUGCUCAAUUCCUCAACAGAAAAGGGUGGAAGUUGAUAUAACUGCAAGUGAGAAACUAACUACUGUUUCGCAUGAUGGGCUUUAUGAGCCAGUUUUCUUUUUAACAGCAACAAAAUGGAGAAAUGAUGACAAUUCACUUGUUUCAUUUAAGAAUAUCAGUUUAAGAUUGGCACCUCUGCACAUUGAACUUGAAGAACAAAUUCUUCUGAGCGUGCUCAAUUUUGUUAACAGUGUGGCCUUCAGGCAACAGGCAGACAGCACUCUUGAACACAGUGUUGCAGUAAAAAAGACUAGAGAAAAUGUUGAAAAAGUAAGUCAUCAAUGUAGAUAUGUGCGUGAUGAUUGGUAUAUGAAGUCCCAAAAUGGAUUGGAAGUGCGAUCCCUAGCUUCAUCCACUUACCUGGGUAACCAAGAUAUUAUGUCAUCAUUGCCUUGUGUGGUUCCAAUUGGAGCUCCAUGGCAACAAAUUUUUCUCUUAGCCCGAAGACAGAGAAAGAUAUAUGUGGAAGAAUUUUAUGUUUCACCUUUCUGGUUGACUAUAAGCUUUUCCAGUUCUCCAUGGAUGCAGAAACCUGCUUUCAAGUCCCAAAAGCCUGUCAUUCACCUUAGUAACAAUGGCAUUCUGAGGGUUCUUAUAGCUCUUGUUGAUAUUGAGGAGGCACCAAUUUAUCUUAGACAGUUGACAAUAUUGCAUCAUUUAGCGAGCUGGGAAGCUAUUCAAGAUAUUGUCAUUAAACACUACACUCGACAACUAUUCCAGGAGCUAUACAAGGUUUUCUGGUCUGCUGGUGUUAUAGGUAACCCUAUGGGAUUUGUGAGAAAUGUUGGACUCGGUAUCAAGGAGUUUAUCUUGGUUCCAGUGAAAGGUGUUUGGCAGAGUCCUGGUGGGCUAUUUCAAGGAGUUCUAUAUGGUACUCAGAGUUUGCUUGGCAACACCAUUUAUGCAAUCAGCAAUGCUACAACACAGUUCAGCAGAGCUGCCCGAAAGGGUGUUGUUGCAUUUGCAUUUGAUGAGCAAUCUGUUGGGGAAAUGGAAAGGCGGCAAAUGUAUCAUGGAUCACAUGGCAAGGGCAUACUUGAUGAUAUUUUGGAGGGCUUUACAGGUCUGUUACAGUCACCAAUUCAAGGAGCUGAGAGGCAUGGUCUUCCUGGAGCAUUGUCAGGAAUGGUUUCUGGAACUGCUAAACUUAUAGCAAGACCAAUUGUUAGUGUUCUGGAACUGACUGGGAGAACUGCAAUGAGCAUUAGAAACCGGAGUGGCCCUCGCCAAGCAAAACUUGGUCGUGUCCGUGUUCCAAGACCUGUGUCAAGGGAAUUGCCUCUGAGGCCAUAUUCCUUGGAAGAGGCUGUUGGUAUAUCAAUGCUGAUUGAAGCUGAUGAUGCCAGGUUCAGGGAUGAGUUCUUAGUCACCUGUAAGGCCCUGAAGCAGGCAGGAAACUUUGUGAUAGUUACUCGGAGGCUUAUGCUAGUUGUGAAAUGCUGCAGUUUGACAGCUGUCUCUUCUAUCCAUAAUCCAGAAUGGGUUGUUGAACUCGAGAUGGAUCUAUAUAGUAUUGUGCAUAUUGACACUGAGGGUGAAACCCUAAAUAUUGUUUCAACCAGGACUGAGACAGCUCAAGGACAGCAAAAGACCUCCCAUUUGAAGCGUUGGAAGCCUCGUUCAAUACCACUUGUGCAAAGAAGCAUUGAGAUGCCAACUGUGGAAGCAGCGCGAGAAGUCUUGCAGAUAUUGUGGACAGCAAUCGAUGGCCAAAAGCAUAGAGGUCUCAAAGUACAUCUUCUACAUAGGAAUAUGUUGAGAUGAUGGGAACUGGGAGUGCUUUGCUGUAAUAUAUGCAAGCCUCUGGCAUACUGUAGAUGCUGCAAUUUUGUACGAAGGUUCCUUGUAAAAAUUGUUUUUCUUGUUCAUUUUGUCGCCCUUGUAAUUAUGAACCUGUCUAUUUGUAAUAUAAAAAUUCUUUUAGGCUUGUC